AUGCCCGCGAUUGGCGCAUCCCUCCGCAAAUGGACGCUUUGCCUGCUCCUCUGCAGCGUACCGACACCUGCAUGGACCCAGUCAACGAAUGACACGGCCGUCGAACACGCUGGCGCUACUGCAUCCUUGAGUACCACAACACCACGCCCGUCUUCGCUGGCUUCGACCUCUGCCUCGACUGUUCGCAGCUUUAUCCACUCCGAGACAACAUGUCCGUUCCGCACGAUAAACUACAUUACGCACACGCUGCCGCAGCAAUGCGCGAAGACAGCUUGGUCGGCGCCGGGCGAGGCGGCAUCUACGGACGUUCCAGCUAUUGAGGCGGGUGCGACGCCUAGCCAACAGAUUGCAAUACCCAGAGCGGAAGAGGCUGUAAAGAGCGACAUACAGGAUGAGAGGCAUAGCACACCUACUGCAGUACCCCAGGCACAAGAGACAGGAGCAGGCGCAUUCACCGACGCACCAGCUGGAGGCACAGCCAGCGAAGAGUCAGAAUCGGAGCUUGAGACCGAAUCGCCCCUGGACAAUGCCAACUUUCUUUCGUUUGAGGAAUGGAAGAAGAGGAACCUGGAGCAGGUUGGACAGUCGCCUGAGAAUGUUCAAGGGCGAGCGGCUCCUUCAAACCAGGCAACUCGUCGCCGCCCCGUCAAUGUCAACGCCCUGGAUUCGUUGGGCGACGAGGCAGAGAUCGAGAUCGACUUCAGCGGCUUCGGUCCUCCACUGGAUGGUGGAGACAUUGCGAACAGUAAUCAGGCAGGAUUGCGCGGUGCAGACAAUACCAAAGCCGUCGAGGACGAGAAAAAGGCUACUCCAAGCUCCUGGACCUUGAGCAAGGACGCCGGCAAGACAUGCAAAGAGCGUUUUAAUUAUGCGUCCUUUGACUGUGCGGCUACAGUGCUGAAAACCAACAAGCAGGCUAAGAGCGCUACCUCGGUUCUGGUCGAGAACAAGGACAGCUACAUGCUUAACGAAUGUUCGGCUAACAACAAGUUCUUGAUUGUCGAGCUUUGCGAUGACAUUCUGGUAGACACAGUGGUCCUUGCGAACUAUGAGUUCUUCUCUUCCAUGUUCCGCCAUUUCAGAGUCAGCGUCUCGGACCGCUAUCCAGUCAAGAUGGAGAGAUGGAAGACGCUGGCCACCUUCGAGGCACGCAAUUCUCGCGACUUGCAGCCAUUCUUGAUUACGGAGCCUCAGAUCUGGGCAAGAUACCUACGCAUCGAGUUCCUCACGCAGUAUGGCAAUGAGUUUUACUGCCCACUUAGCUUGUUGCGGGUCCAUGGUACUACUAUGAUGGAGCAGUUCCGACGAGAAGAGGAGGAGGCUCGUGGUGUCGAUGACGAUGUUGAUCUGGAGGCUGAACAAGAAGUUGUGAAGCCGGCUGUUGACAGCGGCCCAAUACCUGCGGACCAAGUGCCUAUUCUGCCCUUGAAGGACGACGAUGCGAAGCCAUCAUCAACCGUGGACGUCCAUGCGCAGACUACCGAAACAUCCAACGAAGCCGCGGACUCUAGAUCUACAGAUCUAUCACAUGAGACGGUGCAAUCGUCGACUGCAUCCGCGGUAGGAACACCUUCAAAUGUGUCUACUGUUAGGGACACGAACGUUGACACUGCUGGGUCCUCGUCUGUCUCAACUCCAGUGGACAACAGCCCAAGCUCCAGUAGUAUGGUUGAAAGUGGCGCAAGCACUGGAGAGAGCAAUUCUAGCGAUCUCGCUUCGUCCAACGGACGCGACACCUCGAAUACACAAGCGUCAAGCUCUGCCACAGAUAGCCCAGCAAGUGCUUCGAUAGCCACGGAAGCCAAGAGCAUCAGCAAGGCUAGCCAGACUACUAAUGACGCCGCGCCUUCACCAUCGUCAAAUACUGCUUCCAAAGCUGCAAGCAACAACACAGUUGGCAACCCGCAUUCUCAGUCACAGCCUCGAUCCUCUUCUACUCAGCCUAACCCUGCCACUCCCUCGACACAAGAGUCGUUCUUCAAAUCGAUCCACAAGCGUCUGCUAUACUUGGAAGCUAACAGCACCCUGUCAUUGCAGUACAUCGAAGAGCAGUCACGUAUCCUCCGCGAUGCUUUCAAGAAGGUAGAAAAGAGACAGCUAGUCAAAACCGAAAAGUUUCUGGACCAUUUGAACAGUACAGUCAUGCAAGAGUUGAAGAGCUUUCGAACCAUGUAUGACCAGCUUUGGCAAAGUACCGUCAUCGAAACCGAGAGUAUGAAAGAGCGACAUAAAAGCGAGAUGAGCGAAAUCGGCACCAGACUCACCUUGAUGGCAGACGAGCUUGUGUGGCAGAAGCGCAUGGCAGUCGUCCAAUCGACCCUCCUACUCCUCUGCCUAGGCCUGGUACUAUUCGUCCGAUCCGGUACUUUGGGCUCAGCAGCAGACGUCCCAAUUGUCCAGCAGCUGGGCAGCAAGUACAACAGCUUCUUCGAGUCCUCGCCACCUCAUAGCCCACCAGAAUCCGGCCUCGCGCGGCGGCGAAGAACAUUCAAAAACAUGUGGCGCAGCGAUACAUCCGCCGGCCUCAGCGACCACCAAAGCGAUGGCGUGAACGCUCUCUCCGACGCAGAAACCGACGGCGCGAGAAGCCCCAUCGACGUCGAAUACAGCCCGCCCACACCGACUACUCCAGCCGCACUCGCAAAGUUCGACGUGCGCAAUGGCAUCCCCGAGGAGACGCCCAGCCCAGAUGACCAAGCCAAGCGCCUGGAAGUCCUGGAAACACAGUCCGGCCCAGCCACACCGAAUGGCACGCGCGACAGCAGACCCUCGUGGGAAGAAGUGGAUCGCGCGGUGGAUCAACUUAAGGCGGAAAAAAAUGGGCAGCUUUCGCCGCAUGGCGAGAGGAAAGGGAAGGAGAGGAAGGGGAAGAAGAGGAGUCCGUUGAGGAGGGCGCAGAGUAGUUAUGACGGCCUGGCGGAUGGGGACGGUACGGUGGAUACGGGAGAUGAGGGGUUAUUUAGUUGA